CUUGUUGCAGGCACUCGGGUUGCAUCAGCCGAGUGCGGUGCGGUGCGGUGCGCGUGGGGAUGAUGGCUGGAGACGAGGCGGGAGUGACGGUGGGGCAGCCGCACCUGGCGAGGCAGGAGCUCAGCACUUUGGAUGUUACCAAAUUAACACCACUUUCUCCUGAAGUCAUCAGUAGACAAGCUACUAUCAAUAUAGGCACAAUUGGUCAUGUAGCUCAUGGAAAGUCCACUGUUGUUAAAGCUAUUUCUGGUGUUCAAACUGUCCGGUUUAAAAAUGAGCUGGAAAGAAAUAUCACUAUCAAGCUUGGAUAUGCUAAUGCAAAGGUCUACAAACUUGAUGAUCCUAGCUGUGCACGGCCUGACUGCUACCGGUCGUGUGGAAGCAGCACACCAGAUGAAUUUCCUUCAGAUAUUCCUGGGACCAAAGGAAAUUUCAAGCUGGUCAGGCAUGUAUCUUUUGUGGAUUGUCCAGGACAUGACAUCUUGAUGGCUACCAUGUUGAACGGAGCUGCUGUCAUGGAUGCAGCAUUGCUAUUGAUAGCUGGUAAUGAAUCUUGUCCUCAGCCUCAGACUUCAGAGCAUUUGGCUGCCAUUGAAAUAAUGAAAUUGAAACACAUUCUGAUUCUGCAAAACAAGAUUGACCUUGUGAAGGAAAGUCAGGCCAAGGAGCAGUAUGAACAAAUUUUAGCUUUUGUGCAGGGCACAGUUGCAGAAGGGGCACCAAUUAUUCCAAUUUCAGCACAGCUGAAAUAUAACAUUGAAGUAGUAUGCGAAUAUAUUGUAAAGAAAAUACCAGUCCCUGUCCGAGACUUUGUAUCAGAGCCGAGGCUUAUUGUUAUACGAUCCUUUGAUGUCAACAAACCCGGCUGUGAAGUAGACGAUCUGAAAGGAGGUGUGGCUGGUGGCAGUAUACUGAAGGGAGUAUUGAAGGUAGGACAGGAAAUUGAAGUUCGACCUGGUAUUGUAUCAAAAGACCACGAAGGCAAGCUGAUGUGCAAGCCCAUCUUUUCCAAAAUCGUGUCACUGUUUGCAGAGCACAAUGACCUACAGUUUGCAGCACCUGGUGGCCUUAUUGGUGUUGGAACGAAAAUUGAUCCAACGCUAUGCCGUGCUGAUCGUAUGGUUGGUCAGGUGCUUGGUGCAGUGGGAGCUCUUCCAGAAAUCUUCACAGAACUGGAAAUCUCUUAUUUUCUUCUCAGGCGAUUGCUAGGUGUGCGUACAGAAGGAGACAAGAAAGCUGCAAAGGUACAAAAACUGUCCAAAAACGAGGUGUUGAUGGUAAAUAUAGGAUCACUUUCUACUGGAGGAAGAGUCAGUGCAGUGAAAGCUGACUUGGGUAAGAUAGUACUCACAAACCCAGUGUGUACAGAAGUUGGAGAAAAGAUUGCUCUUAGCCGAAGAGUAGAGAAACACUGGCGUUUAAUUGGCUGGGGACAGAUAAGAAGAGGAGUGACGAUAAAACCAACACUGGAUGAUGAAUAAAGAUGGAGAGUGUGAGAUCAAUGAAGAGGGUUGUUUGCAGCAGCAUACAUACUGUUCAAUUCUACAUAAAUAUUGUGUAAAACGUCUGGUAUACCAGUCAAUUUGGGAAACGUGAACCUUUUUUCAGUUUUUAAAAUUUUCAGAUAUCGCAAUGACAAAAAUAUCUAAUUUAUAUUUGAAGAGAAGUUGCGUUUUCAACAAGACUAGAGCUCACUCAGUACGGUCUGUCAGCACUGGCAGUCAGUAAAUAUCAUAAACCAUUAAAAAAAAUUGAAAUUUAA